AUGUAUCCAGUUCUGUUGCUGGUGUUUUGUCUCUCCUGUUGGCUUCUCCUUUCCCGCAGGAAACAGAAUGCCAGUAAAGGAAAGCUUCCGCCUGGCCCUACUCCUCUCCCAAUUAUUGGAAAUAUCCUGCAAGUAGAUGUUAAGAACAUCAGUCAAUCUCUGAGCAAUCUCUCAAAAGUCUAUGGCCCUGUCUUCACUGUGUAUUUCGGCAUGAAGCCUGCUGUGGUCCUGUAUGGAUAUGAAGCAGUGAAGGAAGCCCUGGUAGAUCUGGGAGAAGAGGUUGCUGGAAGAAGUGAUGUCCCAGUAUUUAAAAAACUUAAUGAAGGACAUGGUAGGUAUGGAAUAGUGUUCAGUGAUGGAAAGACAUGGAAGGAACUCAGGCGCUUUUCUAUCUUGACCCUGCGGAGUUUAGGGAUGGGGAAGAGGAGCAUUGAGGAUCGAGUUCAAGAGGAAGCCCUCUGCCUUGUGGAGGAGUUGAGAAAAACCAAUGCCUCACCUUGUGACCCCACCUUUAUCCUCGGAUGUGCUCCAUGCAAUGUGGUCUGCUCCAUUGUUUUUCAGAAUCGCUUUGAUUAUACAGAUCAAGAUUUUCUAAAGUUGAUGGAAAAAUUGAACGAAAAUGUUGAAAUUCUUAGCUCCCCAUGGAUUCAGCUCUGCAAUUCUUUUCCGAUUCUCCUUGAUUAUUACCCAGGGACUUAUAGCAAAUUAUAUCAAAAUUUUUCUUAUUUUAAAAGUUAUUUUAUGGAGAAAGUGGCAGAACAUAAAGCAUCCUUGGACAUUGAUAAUCCUCGAGAUUUUAUUGAUUGUUUCCUCAUCAAAAUGGAGCAGGAAAAACAAAGUCAAGAGCUGAUAUUUAAUUUAGGAAAUUUGGUGAUGACUGUAAUUGAUCUAUUUGGAGCUGGGACCGAGACAACAAGCGCCACACUGAAAUAUGCUUUGCUUCUGCUGCUAAAACACCCAGAUGUCACAGCCAAAGCCAGAGAAGAGAUUGAGCGUGUGAUUGGCAGACACCGGAGCCCCUGCAUGCAGGACAGGAGCAACAUGCCCUACAUGGAUGCCUUGGUGCACGAGGUCCAGAGAUUCAUUGACAUCGCUCCCAACGGUUUGCCUCAUGCUGUGACCCGUGAUGUUACAUUCAGAAAUUACUUUAUCCCCAAUGGCACAACGAUAUUAACAUCACUGACUUCAGUCCUCCAUGAUGACAAAGAAUUUCCCAACCCAAAUGUGUUUGACCCUGGUCACUUUCUGGAUAAGAAUGGCAAGUUUAAGAAAAGUGACCAUUUCAUGGCUUUCUCAGCAGGAAAAAGAACAUGUCCUGGCGAGAGUCUGGCUCGUAUGCAGCUGUUUUUGUUUCUCACCACCAUUUUACAGAAUUUUACCUUGAAAUCUGAAGUUGACCCAGAGGACAUUGACACUACCCCAAUUUCCAGUGGGCUUGCUCGUGUACCCCCUAACUACAAACUCUGUUUCAUUCCUCUGUGA